CCCUGACUACCUAUAUAAAAAGUUUUGGAAUAGGCGGAAACUUUUUGCAUACGUCAACUAACUAUUAUUUAUAUAAGUAUAAAUCUAUCCGCGUUGUAUGAUGACAAAUAUAUUGUAGAAAUUAUUUUGUCGUGUACACAGGAACAGUUUUAAUGCACAGUAGUAAUUUAAAUUUAUAUAUAAAGGAGUUAUGAAAGAGCCAUGGAUCAUGGACCCGCCAAUCAGACAAAUGAACACAAAAACAGUAUCCAUAUUGAUGAGGACCUUUUCGACGAUUCUAUCUUGGAAAUUUUUGAAAAUUCAGAUUUUGAGGAAACAGCAGAACAAACAAAACAUGAAAAAAAUAAUACCUUAAAUAAAAAUGCACUUAAUGUUAGUGCACUGUGUUGUGAUGAAGAACUCAAUGGAUAUGAUAAAUUGUUAGGAAAGACAUGGAUCUAUCCAACCAACUACCCCAUCAGAGAUUACCAGUUCAAUAUUAUAAAGGCAGCUAUGGUAGAAAAUUGUCUGGUAAGUCUGCCCACUGGAUUGGGCAAGACUUUUAUAGCAGCUGUGAUUAUGUAUAAUUUUUACCGAUGGUAUCCAUUAGGUAAGGUUAUAUUCAUGGCGCCCACAAAACCCUUAGUGGCCCAGCAGAUAGAAGCCUGCUAUAAUAUUGUUGCCAUGCCUCCUAAAGAUACCAUUGAAAUGACAGGUCAUAUGCAAGUCAACACUAGAAAAAGUCAUUGGCAAACGAAAAGAGUAUUUUUUGCCACCCCUCAAGUUAUCUACAAUGAUAUCAAGUCUGGAACUUGUCCCGGUGAUAAGAUCAAAUGUCUUGUCAUAGACGAAGCUCACAAAGCGAAGGGGAAUUAUGCUUACAGUAGUAUUAUCAAAACUUUGACAGAAAUGGGAUACUUUAUAUAUAGAGUGCUGGCACUUUCUGCAACACCUGGUAACAAGGUCGAAGAUGUUAUACAUAUAGUGAAACAUCUCCAUAUAUCUCGUUUAGAAUUAAGAACGGAGAACUGCUCGGAUGUGAAGGCUUACAGUCAUGCGAGGAACAUUAACACUGUAGUAGUUGAACUCGGCCCUGAACUAACGAAGCUGAGAGAACAAUAUGUGGAGAUCCUAGACGGAUAUACGAGAAAGUUAACAAAAUUCAAUAUAAUACAGAACCUGGGAAAUCUAUCGAAAGGUCGGAUCGUUAUGUUGUACAAGGAGUUUCAAAAUCGGGAACGUGGUGCGAGACACCCACAGCACAGCUAUAUAAUGCGAAUAUUCACACUUCUAAUAACCCUGUACCACGGUCUGGAACUGCUGGUAAAGCACGGCUCGAGGGUGUUCCUCAACUUUUUCGACGAACAUCCCGAGAAGACUUGGGUACAUGAAGACAAUGAACUGACAGCUUUCUUUGACAAGCUCAGAGACAAACUCGGCCUCAAUCCCCUUGACCUCGACAGAAGUGUCCUACCUGACGGAACAGUUCCAGAGGUGCCAUCCAAUUUAAAUUUCGGUCAUCCGAAAUUUUCUAAGCUUAAAGAGAUCAUAAUGAGACAUUUUGAUACAGCCAAAGAUAAGGGUCAAGUCACUAAAGCAAUAGUGUUCUGCGAGUAUCGAGAGAGCGUGAACUUGGUGUACUGCCUGCUUCUUCAAUGUCGUCCAACUAUAGUGCCGGAAAUGUUUGUAGGACAUGGCGCUUCCGGUAAAGACGGUAAAACGGUUAUAUCUCAGAAGCAACAGUUGCGCGUGAUGCGUAACUUCCGGUCGGGUGUGUGUAACACGCUGGUGUGCACGUGCGUCGCCGAGGAGGGCCUGGACGUGGGUUCCGUAGAUCUCAUACUGUGCUUCGACGUCUCCACGAGGUCACCGAUACGGCUGGUUCAAAGGUGCGGUCGGACCGGUCGGGAACGAAGCGGGCAAGUGUUCAUCCUGGUCACCGAGGGCAGAGAACAUAGUACUCUGUUAGAUUGUAUAAGACAGAACGAUGGCUUGAACCAGAAAAUACUCACGUCGGAGGAGGUUAAGAAAAGUUUGUUUAAAUCCAAUCCACGCAUGAUACCGACGGAUUUCAUGCCGGAAUGUCAGAAAAUGUUUAUAACCGUCGCUAAAAAGGAAUCGAAAGAAAAAUCUAAAGACAUCAAAGAAAAGUCCAAAGGAAACAAGGAGAAAGCAAAGGACAAACUCUUGAAGGGUCAAAAAGAUUUAAGGAGCAUGUUACUCAAUAAAGGUACUACUUCGAUAAUAUCUCAACGAGACGACACUACAAGUGAACGGAGAAAACUGAUAUCUAAACAAGAAUUUGAUGUUCUGUUCCCUGAAGGAUACGAGGAUAGCAAUAUCUUUUCACAACCCAACGACUGUUGGGCUCUGAACGAGUUUUUGAAAGAAAAUAAUGACACCAAACAAAUAGUGAGGCCGUCGCCACAGUGGGAACCACAGAAAGCAUUACAGAAUACUUUCAAAGUGAAAAAUUCGUCGGAUACUAAAAUGUUAAUAGAAUUAUUUGAACAAACUAAAAACACCCCAAUGACAAGGUCACCGGUCAAAAAAGACGGCGACAUCCGUGUUUUAUUCAGUAAAUCCACGAAAUCUAUAAAGAAUUACACCAAAUCCAUGAACGAGUUAGGUAUAGAUAGCCAUUCGAAUAUAUCAAACGACGUCCUGAACUUGUUGGUCGAUCUGAGUCUAGAAAACAAAAACAUGGAAAAACGUUGUUACAUAUGUAGUGUGGUUUGUAGAUGUUCAGGACUCGUAAAGAGAUCAGGUCAUAGAUUUACCGAUUUGUACUUCCAUGAACGACCUGACCUGCCGGAUAUAGAAUUGGUUGAUUAUUUAACAAAAGAAUCUAUAAAGAAUCUAUGUGAGGAAAUUAACACUAGAAAUAUUAAUAACGAGUCUGAUAUUGAGACAGACGUCACUUAUGUUGGUAAAAGUGAAAUGAAAAGUACAGAUUUGAAUAUAUCAGUUGGAAACGUAAAGAAAGGUAGCGGGACAUCAGAUGCAAGGCAAUUUGAUGUAAAUUACAGUGACGAUGAUUUAUUUGAAGAAAGUGAUUUAUUCGAUGAAAUCGAUAUACCUACGGAGUCGUGUGAUAGACUCUCUGAGGACAGCAAGUGUAUGGAUAAAGCUGUGUCUGAGUUAGGCUCACGUGACACAUCUACAAACAAGUCAGAUAUAGCUGAUAAUCAUUUAAAUGAAUCGUGCAGUAAAAUAAACACUGAAAUAAAAUCUCAUGCAACUAGAAAUAAGGCUAACACUAAUAACAGUAUGAUAACAGGUUACGUGAAUGAUGUCAGGAAUGAAAACACAGAAGACUGCAAUAUAAUAGAGGUAGAAGACGUUUUCGAUGAUUUCGAUGAAUUUAACAACAAAACGACUGAACUAACACCGCCAUUAAGAUAUAAAGAUGAAAAUGAAUUAGAAAAAUCACCUAUUCUGUGUACAGUUAGGACUAGUUAUAUUGAAAGGGGUGAUAGAACAGUUAAUAGGAAUGAAAAAUGUGAUCAAUACGACAUGCUGGAAGUGAAUGAUAUCUUUGAUGAUUUAAACACAUCAGACCUUACAUCCGUUAAAACUAAAUCUACAAACAAUAACAAUAAAUACUCUGAAUUAGCGAUACGAGACACAAAUGAGGAUUUUGAGUGUAUAAUAAUCAAUAAUGAAGAUACCACUGACAUGCACACACGCGAGAACGGUUUGACUUCCGGUGGUGACGCUCAUAAAGAUACUGACACGUCGGAUGAUACAAUUACAGAAACAUCAACAGCUUCCAAUAAAAAAACCGAUAUAAGAGAUGUCCUAAAAUAUUUUCAUCUCGAUAAAAUUUCUGAUAUAUUCGAACACGGCUAUUACAGCUGUCAAGGAAGUAAUCGUAUUGAUUGUAAAAGAAAAAAUGCUAAACCAUCGAAUGAUUUACUUGAUGUUACUGAAAUUUAUAACAAAAAUAACGAUGUAAUAGAAAUCAAGGAUGACGGAACUUACGAAAUGUUCAACGAUACAGCAAUUGAUGGUAAUAAAAUUUAUAUUAAAAAUAACGAUAUAAUAGAAAUCAAGGAUGGCGGAAGCCACGAAAUGUUCAAUGAUACUGUAUUAGAAGGUUCUCUGAGUCCGUCCUUGUUGUCUGGUAGAAGUCAAACUGUGCUCCCAUCAAGAUCGACUUCACCUAUUCUAAACACUCAAAAGUCCAAGAAAAAUCUUAGCUUGAACAAACAAACUUCUCCAAUAUUAAGCAGCCAACGACGUAAAAUGUCCUUAAAUAUCAACAGAAGUGACAAAAAACAGAACGGUCCCAUAUCAAGCGUUGGACAGACGAGUUUAAUACAAAAAGUUAACAGAACAUCGCAAGUGGAACCGGACCAUAGAAAAACAGUCAAAUUAGAGAUGGAUAAUAAUAACAAGAGCAACACUUCCGAUAUCAUCAUAUUAGAUAGCGACGAGGACGGUGGAGACGAGAAACACGUGAAACAUAAUACAACAAAACGUAGACUUGUAGAAGUUGAAUGUGAGUCGCCGUAUUUUAAGAAAAAACCAAAACUCGAGGGAAACAAUACUAAACCGACAUCGAUAAAAGAAAAGGUCAUGGCUGCGCUGACCUCCCAUCACAAUCUCGAUACGACGUUCCAUAACGACGCACAAAUAAACUACGCCCUGACGUCACCCAUGAGAGACUCGGUAAAAGAAAACAAAGAUCCGCUCCGAAGUAAACUGGACGUGUUAAAAAAGUUUCAAUAUGAUAGCAAGAAUAGAUCGAGCACAGUUUUAAAGGAAAACAAACGUAAUAUAUCGGCAAGAAUUAGCGACAGUGAUGACGAUUUUGUGUCCCAGGUGCCGUAUAGAAAGAAAAUAUUAACAAAAUUAAAAAGAAAGCCCGCUAAGAGCAAAACGAGAGAGCCGAAAAAGCCAAGUGAAUUCCUGGACCUGGAGGCUGAGUUAUCAGAAGACGAGGACGUGAGUGAAGACGAGCUCUCAGAUGAUAGCACAGACAGCAUCAAGAACUUCAUAUGUGACGACACUGUGGCGAGGGAUGGCGACAUACAAGCGAUAUACCUCGAGUCUAUCAAGAGUCCAGUCAAAGGUGUUUUCAAACUACCACAACUACCGGCCUUGAAGAAACAUGAAGUCUUAUCACAGUACGUCGAAGAAGACACUUAUGAAAUGGAUAGUUUUUGUGUGGACUCGCAUGUAGUAUUAAAUGAAACCCAUGAAAUGUCGGAGUUGGAACUGGCCGAGAUGAUAUUAGAGGAAAGAAGACGAAACAGAAGAAACAGAAAUCAAGUUGAAGAUACAGAGGAAAGUCUGAUAAUUAAGAAGACUUGUAGAAAGACCAAAAGACAAAUAAACAGUGAUUCUGAAGAUAGCAACUGAUAGGAGUUGAGACUAAAAUUUUGUACCUAGUUAAGGCAUAGCUGAUAAAAAUAUUUAAUUUAUAAUAAGGCAGACUGAAGUUAAUUUUGUACAUAAAUAUAGAAAUAAUGUUUAUUUGUUGUGUCAAUCAUGAUAUUUGAUGUAAAUAAAAGUAUUUGUGCGAUGGCA